GGUUUGUUUUUGUAUCGGCUGCAGUACCUGCCCGUUUCCACUGAACCUGACAGCCAGCAAAGAGUCAGUUGCGCAUGUUAUUUACUCCUUAUUUUAUUAUUAUUUGUAAAAUCGGUUUUAUAUUUAUAGAAUGCACCCUGUAUCCGUGUCCAUCCCUUCUUUCCGUUCAGAAGACAGCGUGUCGGAAAAAGGCUACACGGUUUUUAAGAUCGAGGUGUUAACGAGCGGGCGGCAGCACACCGUAGAGAAACGCUACAGUGAGUUUCAUGCUCUGCACAAAAUGUUAAAGAAGAUCAUUAAACCUCCAGAGCUUCCAUCAAAGCAUGUGAGGAACUGGAUCCCCAAAGUCCUGGAACAGAGACGACACGGUCUUGAGGUUUAUCUUCAGACUAUAAUCAUGGAAAACGAGGUCCUUCCGAAAAUAUUCCUGGAUUUCCUCAACAUCCGCCACCUCCCGUCCCUGCCAAAGGCCGAGAGUUGUGGGUCAUUUGAAACCGAAUCCGAGGAUUCAUGUAAACUGACACAUCAGCCAGCCUUGCUCUUCCUGAGGGACCCCUAUCUGCUUCCUGACACUAAUGACACGUUUUCAAACGUCAUCACUGAAGGCGUGAUUCAUGGAAUAUUCUACCCAGACCUGCAGCCGAGGUAGACCAGCGCUGUCUCUCCAGCCGAAAUAUAAAUAACACCUCCGUUUCAUGGACAAAGGGGCAUUUAUACUCCAAUCAUUUAUACAAACACUACAAGAACCUAGUCACAAAGUCCACACACUAUGAUUGUUUUUUUUUUCUUUCUUUUCUGCAUGUCAAAGGCCCAACAUUGUGAGUUUAUAGAGCAUCAGUAAGUUUUUCCAUCCAGGAAAAAAAGACAAACAAACUGGCAUAAUUGUGCUGUGAAAAAAUUCUUACUACAUCAGAGUGUAGAGCUGGGUGAUAAGAGGGGGAGGGGGGAUUUUUAUUUUUUAUUUUUCAUGAUUUAAUGAAACCAUUCAAUUAUAUAUGAAAAUAUUAAAGGUGCAGUCUGUAAUGUUUAAGCCUUUCCAGACCUGUAAUUAUCACACGUACAUGUAUCACCUAUAUUGAAAUACCGAUCAUUUGCAGUUUUGGCACUCAGUGGAUCUGGGUUUUUUUAAGAUUUCCGUUAACCUUUUAUUCUGGUCCAGAAUUUAGCUCCGCCCACUGGCCUGAACAAAACUGAUUAGCUCUGUUCCUUUUCUUUAAAAAAAAAAACUCUGAAGGCAAACACAUUUUCAGCAGAAAGACUGGCGUUGGUUGAUAAGGGGAGGGGACUGAACCAGUUGGCAAUGUGUUCAUUGUGGCUGCAGUUCACCUUACAGCCAACAGAGGGUGCUUAAUAUUACAAACUGCUCCUUUAAAUCUUAAACAUGGAAAUGUAGCUUAAACAGCAACUGAAUCAGUUGAAUCAUUGAAUCACUUUCAGUUGUCUUAUAUGAGGAGUACUAGACUCACAAUGCAGGAAGCGCUGCCUUUUCUCUAUUGGUUGGUCAGUUAUUUUUGCCCCAGGCAUGCUUUGAUUGGUUGCUGGGAAUGUGUAAAAGAUUGUAUUUGAGCUCCGAGUUCAUUUGACCAACUGACAAUGUUAAUUUUAUCAAUGGAAGAAAACUACCAGAUUUAUUUGUACUUCUAAAUAUUGCUUAUCACCCAGCUCUGUCCGACCUUUCCAAAAAAGAUGUUUCAUUUCCAUAUCAUUGAUACAGCCUGUUACAACCUGUAUCUGCUCAAUAGUGAGGGAUAUACUGACUAUAGAGAGGUGAAAUAGUUCCUGUUUGGACCAAACAGACUUUUAACAACUGUAGUGUGUUCACUGAACCUUUAUACUGAACAUUGUUUUACUGAAAAGAUUGGAUAACUUGCUUCAACUGUAGCAUCACCAAUCAUGGCAUUUAUGAAAAAGGGAAAUGAAUCACAAACUCUUGAGAAACUGUGAAGAAGUUUAUCUAAGGGUAUAGUUUGGUGGUCUCAAUGUCCAGCACUACAUGAAGUGGAAAUAGGAGUUGGUUUUAAGCGACACUCAGCAAGAUGAAAUUCAUCUCAUUCACUUGAGGUAUAUUGAAUCAAAUUUACUUGUAAAUCAAAUUUACAAAAUAGUUUAGUAAAGGAGAAAAAAAAAAAAACGUACCCCAAAUGUAGCCAGUCAACCAAGAUGUGUUUCAGUCAUCUGCUUCUUGGAGCCAUGAAGCUAACAGUUGGAUUUGCUCUAAUCUCUUGUUGCAUUUGACUUGACAUCAUUUUUGAAAUCUUGGUGCAUUUGACACAAAGUUUGGGGGGGCAUGGACACCUCCAUGUUCAUCUUUUCUUAGCAACAAGCUAAUAAGCCAGUUGUGAUAAGUGAUGUACAUCCUUCUCAAACAAAGAUUUAACAAGCAAAUGUCUGUUGAUUGACUGAUCUAAAGCAAAUACAACCCCAAUUCCAAAAAAGUUGGUACGCUGUGUAAACUGUAAAAAAAAACAGAAUGCAAUAAUUUGCAAAUCAUGGAAACCCGAUAUUUCAUUGAAAAUAGUACGAAGACAACAUAAAUGUUGAAACUCAGAAAUUUUGUUUUGUGAAAAAUACAUGCUCAUUUUGAAUUUGAGGUCAGCAACACAUUUCAAAAAAGCUGGGCCAGGGGCAUGUUUAUCGCUGUGUUGCAUCACCUCUACUUUUAACAACACUCUGUAAACGUUUGGGAACUGAGGAGACCAGCUGCUGUAGUUUUGAAAGAGAAAUGUUGUCCCAUUCUUGCCUGAUAUACAAUUUCAGUUGCUCAACAGUUCGGGGUCUCCUUUGUCGUAUUUUGCACGUCAGAACGCGACAUGUUUUUAAUGCAAUAUAGGUCUGGACUGCAGGCAGGCCAGUUUAGCACCCAGACUCUUUUUACUAUAGAGCCAUGUAGUUUUAAUAUGUGCAGAAAGCGGUUUGGCACGUUGUCUUGCUGAAAGGAGGAAGGCCUUCCCUGAACGAGAUUUUGUCUGGAUGUUGUCUUUGUACUAUUUUCAAUUAAAUAUAGGGUUUCCAUGAUUUGCAAACCUUCACAUUGUUUUCAUGUUUUAUACAGUGUCCCAACUAUUUUGGAAUUGUGAUUGUACUUUGUGUAUAUGCACGACAUAACUUAUUUAAAGAUAAGAAGUGUUACUUGGUUUACUUUUGAUUCUGGGAGGAGCCAUGUUGAUUUGACGUCAUGUCAAAAAACAUGGACAGAACUCCUAGUUGAGAAGACCACCCCAAAUUGACUCAGGAAUUUCAGUUUGACGUGGUGUUUUCUUCGGCUUUAUCCAGUUGGAGAUUGGGAGUUACAAGUUGCCAUCUCAAGUAAAAUACAGCAUAGAAAGAUGAGCAACAAUUCUUUAUGUAUCAGAACACUAGAAUAUUAUAACAGGUAGCCAUAUUGGACAACUGGGAUCCCCCUCCCCCUUUCUCUCUGCACCAUAGACCCUACCUUUUUAGAGUUGUAGCAGAAAACGAAGAUGAUUGCAGUUAGGUGGAUGAUCUAGUUCAUACUUAAACUUUUAUAAACACAGACUAACACUGCAAUUAAGCUGUGAGAAGAAACUGUAUGAAGAUUUGGUCAUGUAUUUAUGUAGAUAAGUGAGAGUGCUAUUGCUUGUUCACAACAUGAGUACCAUGGCUCCAGUGCAAAAUGAGAGAAGCAAAUGCAUCUUACCUGAUUGACUGACUACAUUUGAAGAGGAAAAAAAAUUAACUGAUUGUCUUGUUGAAAUGUUCCUUUAGGUGUAAUUGUGCCAAAUAUCAGGUAUUGAUUCAUGACCAUUACGUUCAAAACUGUUCUAAAUAGUAGAUAAUGUCUAGGGGUGGGGGAUAUGUCAUAUUGAUACUCUUAUACAUGUAGUAUGCAUCAUAUUUGGCUUUGAUAAAGUACCAAACAUACAGUAUAGCGCUAUUAUAUGUACACAUUUCUAUGAAAAUAUCUAACCAGGAACAUGAUAAAGGAAGUGACUGGAUGUUAAAGUCCAACAUUUGAACCAAACAUCUCAAUAGAGUGGGUCAGUUCUAGACAUACUGACGAGACCCAGGAAAAUACCCUGAGAAAAGUAUCAUAUACUGUGACUGUCUUAUGCCAUAGCGCUGUUGAAUUCUCAUUUCUGAUUGGUCAGAAGGUGAAUAAUUUCCUCUAACAGCAAACACUAGUGCAGCUGCAAAUCGCAGGUUUAUAUUAAUGUGUGCAUUCUAAUGCGUUCUCGUUUUUGUAGUAAUGGCUAAUGCACAGGAAGUUUACAGCAGACGCUGCACGUAAAUAGAUUAAAAAUGGGUAUGUGUUUGUUUUUUUUGGGGGGGGUUGUUUGUUUUUUCUUCUAUGAGAUGCUUAACGUUUUAUGGAAGACGUCUCCAGUGUCAACACUUUGUUACAGUCAGUAAGGUUUCUGAUGCAGGAAAGUCUUCAUGACGGAGGACAUUUACAUUUAUGGCAUUUUGGCAGAUGCCCUUAUCCAGAGCGAUUUACAUAAGCGCUUUGAAUGAGGACUUGUUUUUUUUUUUUGUGCGUGUGGUUUUUGUUUGUUUUGUCUUAAAGCAUUUUAUAGCUGCUACGACAUAAGUAAUAACAGAAAAGAAUCAUCUUGUUUUCACAGAUGAACAACAUUAAAUGCAACUAUAAACAGAAUUGCAGUUUUAGUAAAAGAAAAAGUAAUAUUUGGAAAAUUGCUGUGGUACAAGAGGAAUAAAACACAUUGGUAAUAGGCAAAUUAGACAGUAACAGGAACUCUGCUUCAUCACACCGCCGUGUUGUUGGUUAGUUUCCUGUAGCAGCACACCCUAAGGGUUUUAUGCCUUAUUUCAUUGAACCCUAAUAUGUCAGCAUAGAUUUAUCAGAACUGGAACAAAUGCAUGCGUCAACACUAGUUCAUUUAUGUACUGGAUUGAAACUUGGUCAAGCUGUCUGAAAAGGUCACAUGACACGAACACUAACAACUUUUAACAGCUGGCAUCUUGUUUUGGUUGAAAAUUAACAUUAAGCAGGUUUUUUUUUUUUUUUUCCCCUUUCCCCCCUCCAGUCAUAAUUUCUGACAUGUCAGCCAUGAUAUGAUGUAUGUAUGUACAUACGUACUAUGUGCCAUGAUACUCAGAAGCCCAGGGUUCCUGGUUGUCAACUCUGAACCCUGUGUAAAGCACUUUAGACAGAACUAUGAUUGUUAUUCAACUGUAUAAUACUUUAAAAACAGCAAUAAAAUAUUACAUUCUAAAAAUUGUCACCGUUUGUUGUAAAAUUAGAAUGUAAAAAAAAAAAAAUUCUAUAGGUAAGGUAAAAAUGAUUCACGUCCCAUUGUAAACAUCUCAUGUCAUUACAAUCACCUUGCCUUCAUCACCUUACCUAAAGAACACAUCUGAUGUACAGUACUGUGUAAAAGUCAUAGGCACCUUAUUUCUCCUCCCCCCAAUACAAACUUGGUUAUAGAUUUCUAUUUUAUGACGUCUAUAUUAUCAAGUAGUACAAAAACAUUUAAGUUCCAAACGUUUGUUCAUUUCUGAGCAGCAUAUUACAUGAGAGCACUUUUCUGAUUAAAAAAAUAAUAAUAAAGGCUACUGGGUUUUAGUGCAAAAUGAAGAAGCAAGUGUGACAGUGUCCAGAAGAACUGUGGGUGGUUCUGCAAGAUGCUCAGUAAAACCUACAGCUCAUUUCUGCAUAAAACUGCACUCAUUGUACCUGAGACUACUUUUUUAAAGCAAAGGGUUUUUUUUUUUAUGUUGAAACAUUUCAUUAUUUUUAAGCCAACAGUACUGUACGUUUCAGAUUUGUUCCUUGUGGGCGUGGUCUGUCCAGCUCUAAUGAUAAAUACAGGAUAGAGGCUGAGACGCAUUAGUGUUAUUUCUAUCUAAAACGUAUUUGAAAUUUCUAAGAAAAUGGGUGUGGGGGUAAGGCAGUCCUUCAGUGGAAUUCAGAUUUCACCAUCAGGCUCUCUCAAAUGUGCCUUCUUUCUAAAAUUAGCAUGGUUAAAAAUGCAAAGAACCACCAAGGAAAAAUUGAAAGAAUAUACUCAAGAUCCUCAUGAACAGAAGCCAGGCGUGGAGCCAAAAAUUAACAGUGUGUGUUGCAUGUUGCCAGGUAUCAUAUAACUGAUUUCACCUCCA